CCCUUUUGAGCGAUAGAGGGCAGUAAAGAGCGGUUUUGUUUACUAACGUGCUGGCUGACAUCAGCAGAGAUUUAGCUUAUCAGCUGACAGGUGUUUUGAGAUGCUAACUUGUUAGCGUUGAGGUUACAUGAUUAUUAGUAUUGAUAUUCUAAAAGAUGUCGAGUGCAUUGUGGAGGCCAACCAUUAAUUAAGCCGACAGCUUGACUUUGAAGCGGCGAUAGCGAGGUGUUUCCCCUGAACAGCCGUAGCUAGUUUUAGCCUAUCGGUCACUAGCUAGUUAGCUAGCCCAAUGAAGACUGUACGAGUGUUAGCUAAGCUAUUAAAAUAGGCCAGAUAAGUUACUAAGUUGUAAUAUAAAUGUUGGCUAAAUGGCAAGGACCGACCAGGGCAAUGGACUUGAUUUUAGGGGCAGCACAGAUAAGCUGACAGGUAGCGGUGGUGGGAGUAGUUGUGGUUCGUUUACCUCCGAUGUGGUAACACUGGAGGCGAAUGGCACUGAUGACACUUCUGGGGAAAAACAGGUGGACAAGUACGGCUUUACAGGUGGAGCCCAGCAGUAUCCAGGCCUUAAUGUUGAAGAAAUCCCCACUGAGGUGCUGAGGCAGCGGGAGGCCAAAUGGCUGGAGAUGCUCAACAGUUGGGACAAGUGGAUGGCCAAGAAACACAAGAAGGUAAAAGAGCGCUGUCAAAAGGGCAUCCCUCCGUCACUGCGUGGUCGGGCCUGGCUCUACCUGACUGGAGGCAAAGUGAAAGGGGAGCAAAACCGGGGCAAGUUCCAGGAACUGGAUAGCCAACCAGGAGACCCCAAAUGGGUGGACGUCAUUGAGCGAGACCUCCACCGACAGUUUCCCUUCCAUGAAAUGUUCUCAGCUAGAGGGGGACAUGGGCAGCAAGACUUGUUCCGUGUGCUGAAGGCGUACACCUUGCACCGUCCCGAGGAGGGCUACUGUCAGGCUCAAGCCCCCGUUGCCGCUGUGCUCCUCAUGCACAUGCCAGCAGAGGAUGCUUUCUGGGUUCUUGUACAGAUUUGCGAGAAAUAUCUUCCUGGAUACUACAGCACAGGGCUGGAGGCCAUCCAGCUUGACGGAGAGAUCCUGUAUGCUUUGCUGCGGCGGGCAUCUCCCGUGGCCCAUCGUCACCUCAAGCAACACAAGCUCGAGCCCAUCUUGUACAUGACGGAGUGGUUCAUGUGCGCCUUCUCGCGCACACUGCCAUGGGCGUCAGUGCUGCGCGUCUGGGACAUGUUCCUCUGCGAAGGAGUGAAGAUCCUCUUCCGAGUGGGCCUGGUUCUCCUGAAAAACAUGCUGGGAUCCCAAGAGAAGGUGAAAGCCUGCCAAGGUCUGUAUGAAACAAUGGAGCGUCUCAGGGCCAUACCUCCACAGUACAUGAAAGAGAGUUUUCUGGUGCAAGAGAUCAUAGACUUGCCCAUAUCAGAGAAAGAUAUUGAGAAAGAGCACUUGGCGCAGCUACGAUGCUGGAAGGACACCCACGGCGACCUCAAUUACAAAUCGCCUCCCAGAAUGCACGGCGCUAAGGCAGUCAUGGCUGCAGAGCCGCCAAGUCGACAGGAUUUGAGGCAGAGGCCCACCAUCAUCGUCGAAUCCUCCUUGGAGGACGCAAGGGACAACACUAGGAAGGACACAAAGGGCAAGUGUGAGGAAACUAUUCUGUCGCCACAAGAGAUGGACAGUCCUCCCUCGCCACUCACUGAGCCCUCGCUGCUCCUCCAACCAGUACAAGGGUCCAGGGAGAGCAUAAGCAGCGCCGAGCAUGACACCUUCCUGUAGCAGGGUGAGCAUCAGUCCAUGACACCUUCUUUAUGAGCGGUAAAGAUUACUGAGUCUUUUAUAACAUCAGGGUGUUACUGCAGUCAAGAGUGUGGCGCAUCUGUAAUGUGUAAUUUCCCUUGAAGAACAGUAGGUGGCAACAAUGACGAGCAGUACAGUCAAUCCCAUAUUGACCGAAUGUAGCAGGUAUGCUUUUUCAUGACUAAACAUGGUAAGUGCUACUGCGGCCAUGGAGGGAAUAUGAUUAUGUCUCAGCAGGCAGACAUGGACUCAGCCAAUCACCAGGUACAUCAUUAGGCACAUUUUAAUGAGAUACAAGGAAACUCUGCAUUUCAGUUGACACAGUGGAACAAGUAUCCCAUCCAUCCAUUUUCUAUACUGCUUGUGAGAGAGGUAUUAAUUUAACAAUUUGUUUAUUACUGCAUCAUACUGAUGAAUGUGUUUAAUAUUAUUGCUUCAUUAGUGUAUCUAAAUAAGCUAACCAAAGUGUCAGAAACAGCUCUCGGUAUGACCUAGGAGUGCAUCACACGGCUGCGACCAGUAGAGGCGCUGUCGAUUCAGUUUCAACUAGUUUGCUAUCUAAAGAAGUAGAACACUCCAGCUGUGGGAAGUUGAGCCACUGCACACCCAUGCAGACCUUUGCUAUAGCACAGAUGUUUCACACAGGAUAUAUUUGCAUAUCAAUAUGAUGUUGAUACAUUUUAAAAGAAGAUAAGUGUAAUUACCCAACUUGCCCACCUGGUGGAGUAGUAGCUAUGCAACCUUUUCUUCUGCUACAAAAGUACAUCGUAUCAUAUCUAAAGAUGAAGGCCAAAUUCGAAGUACAGCAAAAAAUAAAUACAGAUGUUGAACUAUUUUGACACAGCUCCUAAUCUACCUAAUGAUGUGGCUAGUGAGCGUCGAGCGCUACGCUCCUGUGCACAACAUUACACCACCAGCAGAGAUGAAGGAAUUUGUGUUCAGCAGUGUUUUUGUGCCACUUUAUUUUAAAAGAUUUUAAGCACAUGUAGCCAUUUAUGUGUGUAUUCAGGCAGGGAAUGAAGCCAAAUAAUGCAAAUAAGUCUCGCUGUUUAAGGUUGCGACUGGAAAAGAAAUUACACAACAUUGUAAGCACAAUCCUGUUUACCUUUACUGAGCCACGUGUUAUUGGCAGAUCAUUUGGUUUUCUACGUGUUCCAAAACAAAUGCAGUCAAAUGAAUGUACAAGUAUUCUUUUUUACGUUAAUAUUUGCUCCAGUUAUAUUUACUUUGCACUUUUUUGGAGGGGCGGGGGGAUCAAUACUUACAAUCAGAGGUAACCCAUCAACUGUAUAAUGGUGACAUGAUUUAGCUAUAAACUUUCUGUCGAUACUUUAUAAAGGGAAAACUCUGGAAGGUAUUAGGUUUCAAUCAAAAAGUGUUACAAUAAUACAAUUUAGGAUGUAGUGCUAAGGGAUGAACAGCUGUGUGUUGUCUGUAGAUGGCACCACUGAGCUGUUACUCAUGCUAAUACACUAAUAAUGAUUAAGACGUUACAAAUUGGUGCAAUCCAAUAACAGGCUGCUGGGAUGCUGAAGUAUUUUUCUAUCAAACUGUUGGGUUUUGUAAAUGAGUAAAAAAAAAAAAAAAGCUACUUUUUUGUAUAUUUACAUUAAUAAAUAAAAUAUGUAAGUGAUUUGAUUUUGCAGACUUGCCUGUUGAAUGCCUAUAAAUAAGAACAAUGACACAAAAAAAGACAUGCACACAGCAGAGCCUAACUUCAAUAAUACGCCCUGUGUUAGUUAACAUUCAUCUUCCGCCCACCCUCGCCCUCCACACUUCCUCGGACACCUGUUUCUCCGGCUCUUUCAGCUCGUGGGGGAAUUUGCAUCUGAAUCAGGGCAAAUUCCCACAACGCCAUCCAGUGCGCCUCACUCUGCCUUUUGGCCUCUUUUAGACAUCUGAAUGGAGGCUGACUGUGACUCCAUGAUGGAGAUCAGCUGUGCUGCUGCAUGAUUAAGGUUCAUGUCUGGAAAUGAAACUUUACUGAUCACAUACACAGUUACACGUAGUAAACAUGCUCUAACACACACGUAAUUACUGUAUAGUGUAUAAGUAUAAAAAAAAGGAGAACGUAAUGCACGUUGCAACACUAGGUGUGUUUAGUCUCAAUGUGAAGAGAGUUGCCCUUCCUGUCUUUGUCCGUCAUGUCAUUAUCAACAAGUGAGUGGGACACAGUCAUUUUAUACUUGCACAGUGCUUAACUUCUUUUUACACUUUUAUGGCAGUUGUAAAGGAGCGACUGGCUUUCAGCAAUCUCUUCCUAAUAGCUUGCUAAGCGCUUCAUGAAAGGGUAAGUACACAUUUUUAAUAUUAACAAUGGUUACCUUCUUUUUACACGUGUGAGAGUUUUAUAACAGUGGCUGGCCUUCAGUCAAAACAAUGUGUACUUCAUCAUAGUAUUAGUAUAGGCGGAGUUUGAUAUUAACGAGGUUUACGUUAUUUUUACACUUGUAUGAGAGUUGUACAGCAGUGACUGUCCCUCAUCCGUCAUGCUUCUUUACUUCAUUGUAUGCUGCUAAGCAUCCAUCACGUCAUCAAAGGUUGAUAACACAAUUCUGUUCAUAUUAAGUAAGGUUAGCUUCUUUUUACGCUUGUGUGGGGGCUGAACAACAGUCAAUGACCUUCAGCAAGCCUCCCUUCUCUCUUUCCAUGCCAGCAUAGGUUGUAAGCACAAUUUAUGUUUAUAAUAACAAACUUUAUUUUACACUUUUAUCAGAGAUGAAUUUAAAGAGUGCCUUUACAAUUAAUAAAUGUUUUAUGAUGGCAGCAAUAUCCAUUGAGAAGCAAGCUAUGUCCAGACCUGCCAACACGUUCCCAUUUUUCAUAUUCGACAUACAUUUCAAUAUGAAUAACUUUGUACGCGUCAUUGCGCUCCAGGUACGAUUUAGUUGCAUUUUGCCGGUUUCAGUUUUGAUUUCAGUCUGCGUAACCUGGAUUAUGCUCUUGUGUCAAGGCAGCAGCAAACACUACACGGCCUCCCUCCAAACCCUCUUGCGGAGCCUGACGUGCACCACCUAAAAAAAAAUCUCACCUUGUGUACUGUAAAGGCUUAAUUAUGUUUCAGCAUAGUCGCUAUACCCCAGUCCGUCUUACGGCUUCUUGAUCUUGAUCUGCCUUGCGCUGGGGGCUGAGCGCAUGACUUGCAAUUCUCUGGCAAAACGCGAGGGGCCAGGGGCGCUGCUUGCCGUCGGGCAAGGCAGGCAACUUCUUGGGGCCCCAGUCAGGUUGAGGGACCCCAAGGGUUGACAACUUUGAACUUCUACAGCAGUGGCGCUAUGCAAAGGAACCCCUGUGAAUUUUUGCCUAGGGCCCCAACAGACUCUAAAAUCGCCUCUGGCUCAGAGUGGGCAACUACAACUCACAUGGACUAGCUAUUUAGCUUGCUUUGUAGUAGUAGUAGUAGUAGUAGUAGUAGUGAACAUUGGCAACUGAAGCUGUUGUUGGAGCUGGAACUGAUCUUUUUGAAACAAUUCAAGGUUGGCAGGUCACUGCUGAAUAUGUGAUACCUGUUGGCUACGCAGGUGGACAUCGGGUUAGGCCCUUACCCCAUGGUAUGUGGUAAUUAUUGGGGGGUUCGUAUGUGUGAAGGAGAUUAAAGUCUGGCCUUCAGUGAGCCCUAAAGCCUCAUCUACAAGCUUUUUGGUAACAAAGCCGGAGAGGCGUUAUACCUUUAUCCCCCCCCUCCACAUCCCUUCCACCAUGCCCUAAGGCCAAAGGGGGAUUAGAGGGGUUAGGGACACAACACCGUAACCAUAAAUGAUGUCAAUCCAUUUUACAUUUUAUAUAGGAUGUGCUUUUUUUGUCCAAUUUGGAGGAGAAGCAGUGAAUAUAUUGGGACACCUGGCCAUUGCACAUACAGGAAGUACAAAUGGAAGAAAAUUGUUAGUGUGUCAGAGGUCAGUGACGUUGGAUCUGUAUACAGUAGUUCAUCCCAAAUGUGUUUAACGGGCUUGUUCUUCCACACCAAACUCAACCAAGCAGGCCAUGCUUUGCAUGCCGGGAACCUUCCCAGUACACUGACCUGACGCUGCGUUUUCUUCUCGUACUUUUGUUGGAGGCACGUGUGGGACAGGAAGAGGAGUGUCUGCAGAGGUCAGAGGUGACACAGAUGCUCUUUCAAUGCACACUGACCAGGAAGUAUGUGUGUGUCCCUUUUAAUGGUUUUCCUCAGGAUAACGGUAGCGAGCCUGCUAGGCGUGUAAUCAUCAUCAGCUCAAAAGCUCAUCUUUUUGUUGAGGGGUGGUGGGGGGUGCUAUUGUUCUAGUAGAAGGGACUUGGAAGUGGUCAUGUGUAUUAAGGAAAGCAUGUGUGUAAUGUUCAAGGCCUGUGUUAAAGUCAGGAAUCCUCACAAUUGGGCAAAAAAAGAGAUGUUAGUGCUAUUUUCUAUAGUUUAUAGUAAGUUUAGCUGCUAACUUUAGUUACCAUUGACUGUAUAGUAUGUAUGUAUGUAUGUAUAAUAACAUCAUGACUGCAAAUUGCCAAUCACCUCUCUGAGACUGCUUUCGUGUGUUUCUACAAACCAUGAACAUGUAUGCAUGCGAAUACCAACAUCCGUGAGUGACAGUCAUGAACACCAGUUUUCUUUAUUUAAGUCGAACGGAAAUUGACCAUUUUUAUCCAGUUUAAUUCGGAAUUUUGAAAAAUAGACAUUUGUUGUGUGAUCUGCUCCUUUAAACCACUCAUGCCAGCCAUCAAUGAUAUUGUCAGAUUUUUGCAUAACGUUCCUUUUAAGUUCUAAACAUUUUUUACGUUUUUAAACAUUGCAACACAUGAAAAAAAUAUUCCUGUUGAGAUUUUUAAAAGAACAACAAAUCAUCUAUUUUUUUUGGACCCUUUUCACAGCUUCUACUGUGUUUAAAGUUGCACAAGCGCCUGUUUUCUCUUUUCAGUGACCCCCCUCCUCUCUCCACCAAACAACACCACCCUGCACUCCCCCCUGUUGGCCUAUUUUAACCUCCAUCAUCAUUAUUCACUUUAUGGCUUUUUUACAAUCUUGCGUGUCUAAUCCAUGAUCCCAUAGGAAUUAAUGGAAAUAAUCUGUUCCAGUGUCAAACUAUUCUAAAACCUUUGAUUAACUGUACAGGCCAUCUUUUAAGUAACAUUUUAACAAUCUUUGUGUUUGCAUGUUUAUCUUUUCAACAGAGAUGUUUGCUUGUAACCUUUAGUGUUGUGUUUCCCCCUCUUCACUUAUCUGUGCUCAUCUGAAGCCACUUCCUGCCAUUGUUGUGUCACAUCCACACUGUCUCUCUCCUCUUCCCGUCCAUCCAAUGAGGAAAUGGGGGCUUGGAGAGGAUACACAAAUAAGGGGGCAGACGUGUGUGUUUAUUAAAAAAUAAAAAAAGAAAAAGCGAGAGUCCUGCUGUAGCCUUGAUAAACCUGAAGUGCAUCCGGGCAGCCUGAUAACACAAACAGCAACGUUAGCCUGAUUGCAAAUAUCAACAAGGCAAACAAUAAUAUUUUAGACAUUUUAGCUGGACAUUAUUAUGCAGGGAUUUUUGUUUUCAGGGGGCCGUGAGAGGCGGGGGGAACUCAUAAAAUUUAUUCAAGGUUGGCAGGUCUUUUAUGUUUUUAUUCAUGAUUGAACGAGGCUGGUGCCAGCAAAUCAUACAGUGGUUUGUACAGAUAAAUAAAUACUGCAGGUUCUCAAUAGGGACGCAAUAGUCUGCCCUGCACGGGACAAUCCACCUUAUGGACCGGCGCUUUUACAAUAUAUUUUGCAAUGUGUGUCUGUGUGCACACACGUAUGUGCGUGUCCAGGUUGGCAAAAAGUCCUAAAAGACCUAAAAGCAGACAAAAAGGCAUUCUGUAUAGGACAGAGUAUAUGUCGGAGAGUCGAGGUGA